CGGUGAUGGCUGGGCUUCCGGCGUCUCUCUCGGGGCAGGACGAAGGAUCGUUUGCAUAUCUUACAAUUAAAGACAGAAUACCACAGAUCUUAACCAAGGCUAUUGAUACAUUGCAUCGACAUAAAAGUGAAUUUUUUGAGAAACAUGGAGAGAAAGGCACAGAAGCCGAAAAGAAAGCAAUUUCUCUUCUUUCUAAAUUACGAAAUGAAUUGCAAACAGAUAAACCAAUAAUCCCCUUUGUUGAGAAGUUUGUUGAUACUGACAUAUGGAAUCAGUACAUAGAAUAUCAGCAGAGUCUUUUAAAUGAAAAUGAUGGAAAACCCAGGUGGUUUUACUCACCUUGGUUGUUUGUAGAAUGCUACAUGUAUCGUAGAAUUCAUGAAGCAGUUAUCCAGAGUCCACCAAUUGAUGAGUUUGAUGUAUUUAAAGAAUCAAAAGACCAAAAUUUCUUUGAGUCGCAGGAAUCCAUCAUUGCUUUGUGUACUCAUCUACAAGAGGUGGUAACAGCCAUCAGAGACCUAGAUGAAAAUCAGCUGAAAGAUGAAUUUUUCAAACUUCUUCAGAUUUCACUGUGGGGGAAUAAGUGUGAUCUGUCUCUAUCAGGCGGGGAAACCAGUUCUCAGAAAACCAACAUAAUGAGUUCUUUGGAGGAACUAAAACCUUUGAUUUUAGUGAAUGACAUGGAACAUCUUUGGUCGCUGCUUAACAACUGCAAGAAAACAAGAGGAAAAGCAUCUAUUAUUACCAGAGUAGAUAUUGUUUUGGAUAAUGCUGGGUUUGAACUUGUUACGGAUUUAGUUUUAGCUGACUUUUUGUUGUCCUCUCAACUGGCUACUGAGAUCCAUUUUUAUGGAAAAACUAUUCCGUGGUUUGUGUCUGAUACUACUAUCCGUGACUUUAACUGGUUAAUUGAACAAGUGAAAGGGUCUAAUCAUAAGUGGAUGUCCAAGUGUGGGGCUGACUGGGAAACCUACAUUAAAGUGGGCAGAUGGGUUUACCAUGAUCAUAUAUUUUGGACUCUGCCUCAUGAAUUCUGCGUAAUGUCUCAGGUUGCUCCUGACUUGUAUGCUGAACUACAGAAGGCACAUUUAAUUUUAUUCAAGGGUGAUUUGAACUAUAGGAAGUUGACAGGCGAUAGGAAGUGGGAAUUUACUGUUCCGUUUCAUCAGGCUCUGCGCGGCUUCCAUCCUGCCCCUCUCUGCAGCAUACGAACCUUAAAAGCUGAGGUUCAGGUUGGGCUGCGGCCGGGGCAGGCUGAACAGUACAUAGCCUCUGAGCCCAGCUGGCUGACCACUGGCAAGUAUGGGGUAUUUCAGUUUGAUGGUCCACUCUGACUUGCUUUAGGAACUCUUUUAAGUUGUGUAGAGAGAGAUGGCAGACACUUCGCGUCCCCAAAA